AUGCGCCUCAAGAUCGCAGGGCCCCAUGGUCCGCCCACUGGCACCCAGCUCGCCUCGCUCCUCUCCGACGCCCUCCGCGAUGUCCAACUCAGCCACAUCCCGAAUCCCAGCACCCUCGACAUCCGUGCUGCCGACGCCCGCAUGUCCUUUUCCCACAUAGGCGCAGACGGCGGCGGCCAGCCCGUCCUCAUCCCCGUGCACUACGCAGCCGCAAGGCCCGUGACAAGCUCCGCCACGCUUGCCUCAUCUCCUGCUCACCCGCUCAUCCGUGAGUUGCGGCUGCAGGGACGACCGGACAGAGACAACCCCGACGAAGACAGCCCCGACCGGUUCGCUCGGUUCCAACACCUCGCGCAGUGUAUCCUCUCCACUAACGGGCUUAUCCGCUCGCCCGUCAACAUCCUCCCGCUCCUCCCCCGCCUGCACCGCACGGUCUCGUACGCCGACUUGGCAUUCUGUGUGGACUUCCUGCUCCUCAUCCCACGGACACCGCGCCACACCGACGUGCAGCACUGGGACAAGGCGUACGACCCCAAGUACGAGACAUUGACGAAGACAAAGUCGCAAACCUGA